AUGGCUCGCGGUAAUCCGACUGAGAACGAGCGCAACUGCUUAAACGCUCAAGAACGACAGGACGUAGAAAAACCAAAUGCGGAUGCGAAGACUAAUGUGUUGAGAGUUCGCUUCCUUGAUGAGGAAGGAAAAACUGAAAGGACUGUCAGUGCUGACGAAGUGGACAGCGCCGUUACGAGAGUGAAGAAAAUUCACAUUCUCAAAAAUAGAAGCUCCAGCGAAGCGAGUAUCCUUCUAAGAAACACUUCCUUGAUGAAACGGCGUUCAAAUGAGCGCAGGCACAGUGACGGCAAUGCCAAUAUAAACAAUAACUCUCUCAGAGAGAAUUUGAACGGCAAAUGCGAGACAGAAAAGACUGAAGAUACCACCAAAGACACUCAUUACAGGCGAAAUUGCAACGUGUACAGCGUGAAUCAGGCGAAAACUCUAACGCCGGAACGUAAACGCAUGCCUUUGGCUAUUCCCCGUUUGAUCAGUCACAAGGAGAAUGUGAAGAGUAUACUGCCUGCGGAAGUCUGCUUGAGCGAUGUGAGUGCUGGGAAGGACUUUACGAGCCGCGCGUUCGGGAAGAUUUCCCGCGGCCUGGGGAGAUUGCUUCGCCGCACCAACAGUGUCCGCAUCAGCGAACCAGACCCUGUUUACAAGGUCGCAUACCUCGGCAACGUGCUCACCGGAUGGGCUAGAGGUGAAGGCUGCAUUGAGAAACCGCUGGCGACUCUUUGGCGCAAUUAUCAGCAGUCGACAAAGCCUGACGUGGUCAUGAAGCUAUCUGUAACUAACUCGGGCCUAAAAGGUAUCACCAAAGAACACGGACUCACCGAAUACUGGUCUCACCGCAUCACCUACUGUACAAGUCCCCCACAUUAUCCCAAACUCUUCUGCUGGGUCUACCGUCACGAGGGAAAGAAAUUAAAACACGAACUGAGAUGCCACGCCGUCCUUUGCACCAAAGAUUCAAUUUCAAAGAAAAUAACAGAAGAACUACAAAUUAAACUAAAACAAGCCCUAGUUGAAUUCAAAAAAGAGCGAAUGUGCAAACAGAACGCUAGGCUCAGCCUUGCUAACAGCGUUUACGAAAACCCUAGCAUGCCACGCAGAAAGAUUCUUCUUAGCGUUGGAGCUCAAAACUAUCGACCACCCUUAGAACGAUCGAAGUCAGCUCCCAAACUCGGAGCCAUAGAAGAGCUCUGUUCCGAAGAAGACGAAGAGGAAGCCGAAUUGACUGAACAAAAGAAUGACAACGCAUCAAACUUCUAUGACAUACAAACACUUGACAGGCGGCGAUCAGAAAUAAAGUCGCCUAGAAAAAUGUCUUGCCCCGAAACUGUUAUUAAAAGAGUACGUUCUGAAUCGGAAGGCUCGCAAAAGGCAACCGAUGAUAUAAUUAAUUUACUAGUACAAGAAAGUAAAAUGAGGGCAGAACAGGACCAAGUUAAAAACGAAUCCGAUAAAAUCGAAGCUGUGUUAAAGCCCCUAGAAGUGAUCGCUGAGAUCGGUGAGUUGAGCACGAUGGCUGAUAGAAAGGAUUUAAUAUUACAAAGUAACUACCUCGUCACUGAUAGCGACGACGGGUCAGUUUCUUCAGGAUGUGAGACCGCCAGCACGGUCACUUCUUCUGACGCUGAGCCCAUCUCCCUUCCACAAUUCCCCGAAGAGCAAAAGGACGACAGCGAUGAGGAGAGAGCGUCAGCGUUUUGCGGACCAACUUACGAAGCAAAUGAGAGAAGCUAUCCAAACUCCAUUCGCGGAUUGGAUGACGAAAAUGAUUUAAGCCUCACUUCGGAUGAGGUUAACCACAUACCUAUUGGAGAGAGAAAUGGUUUUCGACGGCGAUCGACGUAUCCACCCUUGCGUGCUGAUGCUGAUUUGGAAGGGAAAUUUGAGUCGCUAAUGGAAAACCUUACAGACGUAGAAAGCUUACACUCGAGCACUGAGACUGAUGUAUUUAAAACUGUCGGUGAUAACGAUAGCGCUUGUAGCGAUGAGUCCGGCUAUUCUGAACUUCUUGACAAGGAAAGCAUAAUUGGUAACACGAUAAUGGUUUAA